AUGGCGUCUAGGGUUCUUGAAGAGAGGAAACAACAAAAAGCGUUGUUGGCGGCGCUGAUUGAACUCCGAAAGCAAACAGCUGCAUAUGUGCGUGCCCAGAUUGCGGAACAUGUGAAAAGUGUCAAGGAAUUGGAAGCUGAGUUGGCUGAGAAUCUGGAAACCCUAAGAUCUUUGAGGAAGGUUGGUGAACCUGGAGACCAAGAGGAAGCAGAAUUUGAAGCUAAGAUUGUUGGUCUCCAAAGAUCUCGGAUGGAGAGACUGGAGCAGUUUCUAAGCAACAACAACAAUAACAACAACCUGGAACUACCAUCGAAGGUCUCCUAA